AUGCCCGGACGCGAACAUGCGGGCCUCUCUCCCGCCAUUGUCGAGUCGAUUGCCGGCCUCAGCGCCGGGACGGUAGCGACGCUGGUGGUGCAUCCGCUGGACAUUGUCAAGACACGCAUGCAGAUCAGCACCAGCGCCGCCUCGGCCGCCUCGCACGACCUCUCCACCGUCGCCAUGCUGCGCUCCCUCACAAACAGCCCCAACCCCUUCGCCUCGCUCUACCGCGGCCUCGUCCCGAACCUCUCCGGCAACGCCCUGAGCUGGGCCUCCUUCUUCUUCUUCAAAACCCGCUUCGAGGACCUGCUCACCCUCGCCCGCGGCUCCGAGCGGCCCUCGCCCUCCGACUACUUCGUCGCCAGCGCCCUCGGCGGCGCCGCCACGUCGGUCCUGUCGAACCCCAUCUGGGUUGUCAAGACGCGCAUGCUGGCCUCGGACAAGGGCGCAAAGGGCGCCUACCCGUCCAUGUGGUCUGGCUUCCGCACAAUCUACGCCACCGAGGGCGUCCGCGGCCUGUACCGCGGCCUGGGCAUCUCCAUGAUUGGCGUGUCGCACGGCGCCGUGCAGUUUGCCGUGUACGAGCCGGCCAAGCGCUUCUACUUUGCGCGCCGCCAGAAGAUGGGCGUCGACAACGGCCGCAUGACCACCGAGGCCACGCUCGUCAUCUCCUCGGCCUCGAAGCUCAUCGCCGGCGCCGUCACGUAUCCGUACCAGGUCCUCCGGAGCCGGCUGCAGGUCUACAAGGCGGACGAGAAGUUUGGCAAGGGCUUCAGGGGCGUGGUGAGGAUGACGUGGAGGGAAGAGGGGAUCCGUGGCUUUUACCGCGGCCUGAUUCCGGGCGUCGUUCGCGUCAUGCCGUCGACGUGGGUGACGUUUUUGGUCUAUGAGAAUGUGCGCUUCUACCUCCCGCGUUGGCUCUCCUAA